GCUCAAGGUCGCAAUCACCCAUGAUUGCCCGAGAGCGCGAACCGAACCCCCAGUUGACCGGUAGGUCCUGAUCCAUCCUUGGGCAUGGCGCUGCGGACAUCAUGGGCCAUCGGCAUCUUCCCACUGUUUGUACUUCUGGCACUUCUGGUGCCAUCGGCAUCCUUUGAGGAGUCAAGUGAUUUGGACUGCUUGGGAGCAACCUCCCUCCUGCAGAAAUCGGUGGAGGCAGGUGCACUCUCAACCUCAAGUUGGGCCAAUCAGCCUUCCUGCAUGGCAGAUGAUCUGGAAAAGAUGUUGAAAGGCUUACAAGAAUCGGGUGAGCAGCACUUGAACAAGUAUUUGGGUUUCCCAAUGAUCUUAUUGCUAUGCGCUAGUCUUCUGAUUGUGUUCAUGGGACACAAGCUGGUGCCUGUCGUCGUCGUCACCAGUGUGUCCUUGACCGUCUUCUUCAUAUCCUUCGAGUUCCUGAGGAGCACCACCAAGACCUGUUCAGUGCCGAUUUGGGUCAGUCUUGUCCUAGCCGUUGCAGCGGCAGUGGUGGCCAUGUGCUUCCUGGAGGUGGCUGUCAUUGUUCCAGGAGGGGUUUUUGGAGCGAUUUUGGCAUACCAGGUUCAGGCCAUUGUGUUGACAGCGUCACCAUCCUUGGAAUCCAAUGUUUUUCUGACACAAUACUUCUGGAGCAUUGCAAUCCUUGCAGCGGUCAUUUUCGCUUAUCUCGCUCACAAGCUGAAGGAUGACAUCUUCAUCCUUUUGACUUCUGUCUUGGGAGCAUAUGGUUUCGAAAUUGCCUUGCGCGGAGUCCUAUUAGAUUACUUCUCUGUAAAGAUGACGUCUUUGGCUUCAUUGAUCUCCAUGCUGGCUGCAUUUCUGGUGGGCCUCUUUGUUCAGCACACCUUCACCGCAUUGGCAUUGUUUACAAUUUGCUUGGCUGCUUUUGGCAAUUUGUAGAAGCCUUUGAUGCAUCUAUAAAAUACAAUAUAGAUCCUUUGGUAAUCCAGUUUGGGGAUGCUUUUGGGCAUGUUUAUAAUUCAUAGUACUAAGUACUAAGACUAACUAGUUACUAGUUACGAUCAUAAACUCCUGCUCUGUGCAUUUUGCGAGGCACAGAUCAUCAAAGUGAAGACUUAAAGACAUGGCGCCAUCAGAAUCUCAAGACCCGCAGAACUGUGUGGAGACUGAACAUGGAGACUGCACCAAGCGAAGAUCGUGAAAUCGUGAAUGCUAUGAGGGGAUAAAAGGAGUGACAGAUGG